AUGUCUGGGUCGAACUCUUUCAAAGUCCUCAUUCUCCCUUUUCCGGAGUUCGACACAUUGGACGUUUAUGCUCCAAUCGAAGUCCUGGGCAAGGGUGCCGCCAUCGGUGGUGUCACCAUAACUUUCGAUAUUGCCACAGCCUCCAAAAAAACACUCAGCGCCGAGAAAAUCCCCGUUGUUCAGGAUCUCAGUAUCUGUGAAGCACUGCAGCAGCUUGAACAAUAUGAAAUUGUCAUUCAGCCUGGUGGUGCUGUAUCUGCGAUACAAAAGUAUCUGGAAAAUCCCGCCCAAGUUGGCUUGGACCAAGAAUCCGUGGACGAACAUCUGCAGCUGCUCUUGAGAUUUUCUCAACUGGAAACGCUCUCCCCCCGGGGCUGUCGACGUGUUCUCAUGUCUAUAUGUACAGGGGCGUUGAUCGCGGGGCUCUCGGGGGCUUUCAGUAAUUUAACAGUCACUACACACUAUUCGGGUCUCCAGCAGCUGAAGGAGUAUUGCCAGAGAGGGGGUCAGGGGACUAUUGUUGAUCCAGAUAUAGGAGAAGGAGGGUAUGUCGGUUACGCGGCUGGGCAACUAAAUUCAAAGAGAUGGGUUCUGUCAGACCGUUCCGGGUGUGCUGUGAGAGUUAUUAGCUCUGGAGGAAUCAGUUGUGGGUUGGAUGCGUCGUUGUUUCUGGUGAGUGAGUUGGAGGUGUGGAAGGAUGGGCACCUGGAGAACAUCGGGUUGGAAAAAGCGCAUCAGUGUGCGCGAAUUAUGGAUUAUGCCUGGCGAUGGGCUUGA